AUGUGCAAUUGCCGUAUUUUGUUUGCUUUAGUGCUCUUCGCUAUAGGAUCGAUACCUGACACUCAUAUACAUUCAGGCAAAUGUGCAUCAUCUUCAACAAAGCGUGUUGCUGUUGUUGGCCAAGGAGUUAUUGGAGUGUCCUCGGCGUUAGCUUUAAUAGAGCGUGAUCCUCAUCUUAAUAUAACCGUUUUCUAUGAUAUUCCAUUCGAAGAAACUGUGAGCUAUGGACCAGCUGGGUUAUAUCGUAUUGAUAGCUUAGACGAUAGGGCUUAUGCAAAACGCGCAUUCGCACGAUAUGCGAAAAUAUUCCGCGAUCUACCAGCAAGUGAGACGGGAGUGAAUCUAGUCUCAGGGCAUAUUCUAUCCAACAACUUAACUGCACUUGUUGAACAAGACGAAAUAUACGGUGAUAUCGUGUAUAAUUUUCAUUAUCUUCGCGAAGAUGAGAUGCAACAAUUUGCAUUACCUGAAAAUGAUAGUAGUCACACAUUCGCGAUACACUAUACAGCAUACACAACCGAAGGUGGCAAAUACGUUCCGUGGAUGAAGAAACAAUUGCUUGAUAAGGGCGUCCGCUUCGUACAGAAACGCUUGUCGAAUUUAAACGAGUUGUACAACGACUUUGAUGUGAUUGUGAAUUGUGCUGGUUUGAAUGGUGGAAAAUUAGCGGGUGAUGGUGAUGAACGCAAUAUGUUCCCUAUUAGAGGAAUUAUCUUCGAGGUGAACGCGACGUGGCAUAAUCACUUUCUAUUCAGAGAUUUCAUCACGUUCAGCAUUCCAACAACGGAUAAAUUCUUCAUUGGAUCAGUAAAACAGGGUGGCAGAUAUGAUCUCGGUAUAACGCAAACCGAUCGUGAUGAUAUUCUCGGACGAUAUUAUAAGCUUGAACCAACACUUAAGGAUGCAGCGAUCCUUAACGAGUGGUCGGGUCUUCGGCCUGGUCGACAUGGAGGUGUUCGUCUGGAAAUGACAACGCUGCGUUUUCCUGUACCAACGAAUAGCACGAAUCAAAACAAUGGUGAACGCAUUGUUCAAAUAGUUCAUAACUAUGGCCACGGAGGGCAUGGAUUCAGCAUCAGUUGGGGAUGUGGUGAAGUGGUAGCUGAUCUCGUGGUCGGCAGUCAUCAACAAUAG